AUGGGGCGUGAGGAUCAAAUUGAGGAAAGAGAGGUUCUGGACUCUAUCUUUCCAGACGAGAUUACAGACAUAUCCGAGACUGAAUACAGAAUAUCGAUCGCCCUCGAUAUCCCAGAUGACAAGGAGGAACCUCCGAUUAUGCUCCUUACUGUGCGCUACCCCGAGGAAUAUCCAGACAAGGCACCAUUCCUAGAGCUCUCGGCGUCACAGAACGCAAUCCCUCACCCACACCUCAACAUCGCCGAGGACAAGGAGCAACUUCUACGGGGGUUGGACGCAACGAUCGAAGAAAAUCUUGGGAUCGCAAUGGUGUUCACUUUGGUCUCGACACUCAAAGAAGCCGCAGAGCAACUAGUGCUGGAUCGAAAAGCAGCUAUCGUGAAGGCACACGAAGAAGCCGUGCUGGCUGCCGAACGUGAGGAGAAUAAAAAGUUUCAGGGAACCCCGGUUACACGCGAGACAUUCUUGAAGUGGAGAGAGUCGUUCUUGAAAGAGAUGGAGGAGGGCAGAAUCAGGGAAGAGGAGGAAAGACUGGCCGAGUUGAAGAAAGCCAGGAUAAAGGAGCCUACAAAGCUCACAGGAAAACAGCUUUGGGAACGUGGCCUCGCAGCGGCCGGCCAAGAUGAGGCUGACGAUGAUACCGUCAUUGAGGAAAUUCAGAAACUUGAGGUUGGUGAAAACUAA